UUGUCCUUGUUCACACCCCCGGAGGGAAAGGGACCCUCCUGCCAAAUGUCCAUGGGACUGGAGCAGCCGUUGUCUUCUGGGCCUCUCCAUGGGCACAGGGCUCCGGGCAGCGAGGUGUCAGCCACACCUGGGGGAAACUGAGGCACGCACACGACUCAUUCAAAAUAUCACGAAGUCAUUCCCAUGCCGUCCCCGCCGGCCUGCCCCCUGCUGGCAGUUGCCCAGCCAGGGUGGAGCAGGGGUGUCUGGCGCAGGCUCACGGGCAUUGCUCUCUGCCAGCUGUGUCUCUGGCAGAUCUCCGUGCCGGGGGGCCACGUGAUCGACCUGCAGUUCCACAACUUCAGCCUGGAGUGGCAGGAGGACUGCACCUUCGACUUUGUGGAGGUGCACGACAGCGCCGGCACGGACCCCCCCAGCCUCCUGGGCAGGUUCUGCGGCUCCCAGCUGCCACCCGUCCUGACCUCCUCCCGGCACGUCAUGACCGUCCUGUUCGUGGCAGACGAGGGCGUGGCAGACGACGGGUUCUUUGCCACCUACCGUGCCCGCAACGCCACGGAAAAAACGUGCAGCUCCUUGGAGUUCUCCUGCGGAACGGGGGAGUGCCAGGCGCUGGAGUCGGUGUGUGACGGCUGGCACGACUGCCCAGACGGGAGCGAUGAAGUCAACUGCCCUGGGUUCUCGCCCCCCUCCGUCGGUGAGUGACGGCCCCUAGCUCAGCCAGGCACCUGCGACGAUCGACGCUGGCCCAAUGGGUGGGGGGGGCC